UUUCUACAAGCUAACAGUGUGGAAUCUUCUUUGAAUAAAAACUUUAGAAUCUCUAGAUGAUAUCUUUUUUCCCUCAAACAGGAAAAACAGCCCAGAUUAAUUCCAAACAAAAUGAUCUUAACUUAAAAGAUUUUACUAAAACUCUCUCAGAUGUCAAAGAGUUUUUAAGUCUCUAAAUUGAGUAAAGGUCUCAAGUGCUAGUUUUUAUGAAUUACAACGAAUGCUGGUGCUCUCUAAAAACGAACAUAUCAAAGAGGAAAUAGCCUCGCUGGCAAGCUUACAGCUGCACAACACGUUUGCUUCACUGCUUGCAAGUGUGGUGCUGGAGGCUCCAAAUUAGUCAGUGGGAGGAGGACUUCAGUCACUGUGGUGAGCGAGGCCACUGUAGAGCCGACAACAGCGCAUGGCGCAGUCCCAAGCCAAAGAGAGGAAGGAGUCAACUUGGCUUUGAGUGUCUGACCUGGGAAAAAAAGGAGAUGACCUGCUUAGCUAUUGACCGUGGACUGCAUCACAGAAAACUGGAACUGGAUUGGAUCAGAAAAACAGCAAAUGGCUUUCUCUUAUAGAAUGUCUGAACAAAGCAAAAUUCCCAAGCAUGUUUUGCAAAGUACACUUGGUGGCUUAAUCUCUUCUAACUGGUCUAGAUUUCAGAAAGGAUCAAUCCCAGAGGAAAUGAAACAAACUUUUGAGGAACAGGGAAAUAAGCUGAACUGGGCAGCUCUUCUGAUACUCAUGGUGAUAAUACCCACCAUUGGGGGAAACAUCCUUGUUAUUCUGGCCGUCUCACUGGAGAAAAAGCUGCAGUACGCUACCAAUUACUUUCUCAUGUCGUUGGCGGUGGCUGACUUGCUGGUUGGACUGUUUGUGAUGCCAAUUGCACUCCUGACAAUAAUGUUUGAGGCUAUGUGGCCCCUUCCACUUGUUCUGUGUCCUGCCUGGUUGUUUCUUGAUGUUCUCUUUUCAACUGCAUCCAUCUUACACCUCUGUGCCAUUUCAGUGGAUCGCUACAUAGCCAUCAAAAAGCCAAUCCAGGCCAAUCAAUAUAACUCCCGAGCUACUGCAUUCAUCAAGAUUACAGUGGUGUGGUUAAUUUCAAUAGGCAUUGCCAUUCCAGUCCCUAUUAAAGGGAUAGAUACUGAUGUGCCUAAUCCAAACAAUAUCACCUGUGCGCUGACCAAGGAGCGUUUUGGCAAUUUCAUGCUUUUUGGUUCGCUGGCUGCCUUCUUCACGCCUCUUGCAAUCAUGAUUGUUACUUACUUUCUCACCAUUCACGCUCUACAGAAGAAAGCUUACUUACUCAAAAACAAGGCGCCUCAGAGUCUAACGUGGCUGAAUGUGUCCACAGUAUUCCAAAGAGAUGAAACUCCCAGCUCAUCACCUGAGAAGGCAGCAAUGCUGGAUGGCUUUCACAAGGACAAAACUCUGCCCAACUCAAGUGAUGAAACCCUUACGCGACAAAUGUCCACAAUUGGAAAAAAGUCUACACAAACCAUUUCCAAUGAGCAGAGAGCCUCAAAGGUCCUUGGAAUUGUAUUUUUCCUCUUUUUGCUUAUGUGGUGCCCUUUUUUUAUUACAAAUAUAACUUUAGCUCUGUGUGAUUCCUGCAACCAGAGUACUCUCCAAAUGCUCCUGGAGAUUUUUGUGUGGAUAGGCUAUGUUUCCUCAGGGGUAAAUCCUUUGGUCUAUACCCUCUUCAACAAGACGUUUCGGGAUGCAUUUGGCAGAUAUAUCACCUGUAAUUACAAGGCUACAAAGUCUGUAAAAACUGUUAGAAAAUGUUCCAAUAAGAUCUACUUCCGGAAUCCGAUGACAGAGAACUCUAAAUUUUUCAUGAAACAUGGAAUGCGAAAUGGGAUUAAUUCUACCAUGUACCAGAGCCCAGUGAGGCUCCGAAACUCAACCACUCAGUCUUCCUCAAUCAUUCUGCUAGACACACCUCUCCUCACUGAAAAUGAAGGUGACAAAACUGAAGAGCAAGUCAGUUAUGUCUAGCACAACUAGUAAAGUUUUCAUCUAAGUAAGCUGAUGAACAAGACUGAAAGAAUACGUAAAUAAUUACUUUAGGCCACAUGUCAAAUCAUCUCUUCAAAUUGAGUUGAAUAUUUAUGAUUACCCAAUUUUCUUAUUUGGACAAAAUUACUUCACCAAAAAAAUAAUUUUGAACAGCUAUAAACAAAAGCAAUCCAGGUUAAAUGUUAUGGUUUUCAAAUGAAGUAAGUCAAUAAAUUUCAGGCUUAUAAAAAUCAAUUUCAUAAAACUUAUUUAGAUCCUAAUUUUAUGCAAAGUCGUGCUAAGAAUAAAACGAACAAGCAUGAGCCUUGUCUUUAAGACCAUAAAAGUGGCCAGUGAUAUAGCUCAGUGAAACAGCACCUGUCUGAGCUCCUGAACCUCUCUGCAGCUCUCCUAUGCCUGCAUUAAAGACCCUUCUACUCUUAAAAAAAAAUUUAGGGCCACAGAUUCAGCUCAGUGGCAUAAGCGCCUGCCUGGCAAGUGCAAGGUCGUGAGUUCGAUCUUCGGUACCACACACACACACAAAAAUUUUAAAAAGACCAUAAAAGUGUAAGGAAUGAACAAAUGACAGGAUCAAGGACUAAAAUUAAGUGCACAAAACAAUGAUCACAUCUGGAGAGGAGUUAAGUCAGCCAAUUACAGUCUGGUUUAGUUAAAUAUAGUUGUAAUUUUCCUUCACUCAGGAAACUGUCUUGAUAGAAGGUAUAGGAGGUCAGUAGCCAGAUACCCCAUAUAAUAGGAUCUUAGAACUAAAACUGUUGGUUUGAGGACUGGUACCAGGCAUCUAAUUAGCAGAGGGUCUACGAGAGAAGGAAGCAAAUGAAAUUGCUCAAGUAUGCGAAUCACAUUCCUUGAAGGUAUUAAUAAAUAUGCAAGAGUUAGCUGCAUGAGGUCUCAACAGUAAGCAAUAUCUUAAACAGUCCAUGACUGCCUGUCUUUGCCCAGUGACUCAGCUGAACUGGCACAAAAUUUUUCAUUCACACUUUUAUUAUUUAUUUUGCACAGCUGGAUCUGGAAAUGAGUUCAAUCUGUGCCAUUUAAUGGAAAGCUGAUGAAUUUGCAAAUGAUACCUAAUUUCCCAUGAUUCUUGGUUUUCUCAUUUGUGUUUCAUGAAGUUCUUAUGAGGAUGCAGCGGUAGGCACUAAGUACGUGGUAGCCGCUUCUGUCUACUGAAUUUUGAUUUUUUUUUUUCUUUUUUUAAAAUGCUACUUCUAGAGGUGGGAAACAAAUUGAGGCUGACAUUAGUAGUGAGGAUAGCCAUACCUCAGCUUUGCAUUUAAAGCUGAUUGAGGGCUGGGGAUUUAGCUCGUGGCAUAAGCACCUUCUUGGCAAGCACAAGGUCAUGAGUUUAAUCCCCUGUACCAAAAAAAAAAACCCAAAAGAACAAAACAAAACCAACAAAGAAAAAAAGUGGAUCCACACUUACUCUUCAGCCUUUCGCUCUAUCACUGACCUUUCCUAGGCAGCUGGGUUUAGGGAACAGGUUAUGGAAAGAUCAGGGCAAAUGAAGAAGAAACAUUCUCCCAGUGGGAGAAUCCUUUACUAGGACAUGGAUCCAAAUACACACAUUCCAAUCUGUUACCUUUACUUAUGGAUUUUAUAUCAUCUAUUAGGAAAAAUAUAUUCUAGAAAUUAAGUUUCUAAAUUAUCAAAGUUCAGGUACUUUUCUCUACUAGUCUAAGUUUUUCUUUUUCUUUCUUUUUUUUGUAUUUUGUUCUGUGAUACAGGGUCUUGGUAUCUAGUCCAGCUUGGUGUUGAACUCACUACGUAGCUCAGACAGGUCUCAAACUAGUAGUGAUCCUCCUGUCUCAGCCUCCUGAGUGCUAGGCAUGUGCCCAGCUUCAGCAGUUUUAAGGUUGGGUUAUCUGCAACCACUAAAAAUCAUUCUUUAUUUUGGUUCUACAAUCUAGUAUGAUGAGUAUGGCACACAUUCUUGCCAAAUAUACGAGAUUAAGUUUUCAGAUACUACAGUAACAAUACAGUAUUUGAAAUUCUCUAUUUUAUGUAUCUGAAGGCAUACAUAAUUCUUUCAAGAAAUCUAAAUACCAUAGUUUCCAAUCGUACUACCAAAGCCCUACCCAUUACGACCUAGAUCAGAUCUAUCCUUCCACAUGCUCUGUAUUGCUUUUAAACUUGUGUAUAUGCUUAAAUAUAUGUGAACUUACAAAAUUAGCUGUAACAUUGAAAAUCUACUUCGCUUCACAUCUAAAAAAGUCUUUGCUUACAAUCAACUGAAAUUUUUCUACAAUUAAUGAGGUCAUUCUACUACUUCCAGAAUAUUCUGUAAGAUGAAAUACAAUUCCAAUAUUAACUAUUUACAUAAAAAGUACAUACUUUGAUGCAUUAUUUCUAUUUAUGAAUAUGUUAAAUCUAUAAUGUAAAAGCAAAUUUAGCAGUAAAAACUCAUUGGAUAAUAGAUUCUAUUUAAUAGGCUUAUCUUCAAAACAGGGAACUAGAUUACAACUGCUUAAACUGACUUAAAAACUUUCAUUUUGCUUCAUAUUAUCUAGUAAAGAAAGGAAAACAAAGGUGUGCAAAAAAAAUGAAAAACACAAAACUUAACCAAGGAAAAAUUAUAGCAUCCAGAACAUAAAUAAUGAGUUUGAAAAGAAAAUGGGUCGGAAAAGAGAACAAACAGUAUACACUAAGUUGACAUAAAAUUGUAACAGAGGGGCUGAGAUGGGGAUGAUUAAAAGUUUGAGGCCAGCCUAGGCAACACAGUGAGUUCAAGGCCAUCCUCAACUAUAUAGCAAGAUCCUGUCUCAAAAAACCAACAUCAAAAAAAGAAAAAAAAAAAAAAAGGAGAAAAGAACAUGCAGGCUGGCUGACUGGAAGAGCCAGACACCAGCUGUCCCCUGUGAGUUGCUGCCAUCUGCAGACUGUGGGGGAGGAGAAGAAGAAGUCAACAAGAAGCUAAGACCUCCUGUGGGUCAGAGCCACGCACAAGCUGCCUAGAAAAAGCAAAUGCCAGGGAGACAAGAGCCAAAGUCCUGUGUCCCUCAACGCCCCCUGCCAUGGAUGACCGGCUAGUCCAGGAUACAGGCUGUGAUGAUAGCUAAUAAGGUGAAAUACUUACAUGCUGAUAGUGUUUAGUGUUUCAUUGAUUUUGCAGGCCUGAAGCCAGUAGCCUGAUUUUCUAUUUGGAGGAUGGUAGUGUGCAGUGUAGCAGCUAUGGGGGAUCUCCUUCUGAAGGUGGUAAUCAUUGCUAAAUUCCUAUUCUCUUGUUUCCAAGUCCUGUAUCAUUCUCAUUGUUUUGUUUGGUUGGGUUUUAUUGUUUUAUCUUGUUUGAUUUUAUUAUAUUUGAUGGCAUGGGCAGCCAUUUCAAAGAUAACAAAAUAUACUGUGAUAGCCAUUUUAGAUUUACUAUCAUCUUGUUUUGUUUGUUUGUUUGUUUGUUUGUUUUCCUUUUUAUCGGUACCAGGGAUCGAACUCACAACUGCCUCUUUGCAAGGCAGGCCCUUAUGCCGCUGAGCUAAAUCCCCAGCCCCUUAUCAUCUUGUUUUGAAGUCCUGUAUUUCAUUCACUAUUUUGUUUUGAUCAGUUCUAUUCUGUUUUUUUUAUUUUACUAUAUCUGAAGCUAUGGGCAGCUAUUUUGAAGACCACCACUAUUGAUUUCCUAUUACCUUGUUUUGAAAUCCUGUGUCACUUACACUGUGUCUUAUUUUGAUUUGCUUUAUUCUGUUUUAUGUUGCUUGAUUUUAUUCUCUUUAAAAUAAAAUUUAAAAAAAGAAAAAGGAUAAUAGCAAGGACAUCAGUAUUUGGUUGAAAAACCUCACUGAGGAAAACUGGUACAGUAAGAAACCUGUUAGCAUGCUAUGAGCUACCUCCGCCACUUUUUUAAACUUGCAGCAAGGCCCAGCUAAGUCACCAGGCUAAGUCUGAACAUCUGGUCCUCUUGCAUCAACCUCUGAGAGUGCUAGGAUUAUAGGCACAUGUCACUAUGCUUGGUUUGUUUUCUGUUUUUAGUGUGUGGUGCUGGAGAAUCCGGGGUCUCAUGCAGGCUAAGCUAGACUACAACCCUCACCAUGGCAUGCCUUCACUCCAUCCCUAUCCACAGUAGAAAGAAAAUGUGUGUCAGUCUGCAGUAAGGUGACUGUCUAUCUGGGAUAUUAUGCAGAGGAUCACAUGCCUGGUUCACAGCACAUUUUCAAAAGUCCACAUUUAGAACAUCACAAUCCUUACACAGUUUCACUCCCAGGAAAAGUGGCACGUACCAUAGGAACUGAUUGCACAUUAGCUACAGGCAGGGUCUAAAUACGGCUAAAUAAAUAUUCUGAACUUUUCUUCAUGGAACUUUUAAGUAAAGUAAAAGAAACACUGAUAUUUGAGAUUGGAGCUAAGCAGACAGUAAUAAAAGACUCCUACACUCAUUGCCACCAGCACUACUCUGACUGCUACAAUGACCAACACACACUUCAACAGUGCUUACUAGUGCCAAAGACUAGUCUAACGGCAUUAGAUGUAUUAAUUUGCUUAACUAUCAAAAAUAACCAUCAUUCUCUAAUAUGUACUAUUAUCCCCAUUUUAUACCUGAAGAAACAGGCUACUAGAGCCUGAGUAACUUUAUUAAAAUCAUUCAGGUAGUAAGACGUUGAGUCAAGAGUCAGUGCAGGCAGACUGGUUUAGAGUGUGUCUUUUUAAACACAACUACACUGUCCUGCCAAGAUCAUGUUAAGCGUCUGCAAGUUCAAAAUAAUUUUUCAAUCUGCAAAAUAUUCAUGUUUUUGCAAUUAAGCAAGGCCUAUUAGCUUUCAUUUUCAUUAAAGAGCUUUAAGACACUUUAUAAACUUGUGUAACAUCCUAAUUGAAUUACCAAUAUACACAAUAAGGGGCACUAGAGAUCUUCUUUGGAAUUUACAAAAUUAAAUCAGCAGAACAGUUUUGUUUCUUCCCGAAUAAAUUCUCAGAAAUCAUACUAUUCUGUAUCCUCUUUCGGAUGAACAGGACUUAUCACCAAAAGGUCCGCACUCUGGAUCUAGAUAUAUUCCUGUUGAGCUGACCACAAUCCAAAGUUCGAAAUUAUUACCUGAAUAGAAUGAAGCCAAGUGAUUCAACCGCCGCCCUCCUAACAUCGUCAUUAACAUCACUGACCUGGGAAAAGAAGUUGAAGAUGAGUCUAUCAUAUUAUUUCUCUAUUACUAAACUGACAUGAUGCAGCCAGCAUUCUAAUAUAAACGAGGUGUCAUCAACAACAUUCCCUAAUUAGAAUCUUUCCCCAUGUAUGAUGAAAUAUUGCACACCUUGAAUAUAUAUAAUAAAACUUUAAAAACAACACAUGUAUUUUAAAAAUGUCUUUCUCAAUUUAGCAGAAAUCGGCCAGGUGUGGUGGCACAAGCCUGUAAUCCCAGCCCUCAGGAGGCUGAGGCAGGAGGAUUGCUGCAAGUUUGAGGCCAGCCUGGGCUACAAAGUGAGUUUAUAUGACUGAAUUAUAGAGUAAGACCCAUCUGAAAACAAACAAACAACAACAACAAAAGGAGCUUGAGAAAAAUUCAUUCAAGCUUUCCUAUUACCUAUGCAAAUUAAAAUUUAGCAUAAGCAAGCAAUCAUGAUUAGAAUGAAAUUAACCAUUUUCUUAACUAUUGUAGGUAAUUAAGAAUGAAAAGUUUUUAGUUUAGAAGAUUUAUCAGGACAAAAUUAAGAAAAACCAAGGAUCAGGAAGGACAAAAUUUAGGGCUUUGUGAAUUAUGUCUGGUAGACCUUUUGUUGUGGGUUUGUAAUUAAUGGACCUUUAGGAUUUAACCUGUUUUGCAUGCUGACCCAGUGUUUGGGGACCAGGUUGCAGUAUAAACAGGUAGCUACAUCUAGGAUGGGUGCCUUUUUACUGGUUUAGGCUGCAGUGAUAGCAUGGUAGCUCUUCUUGAUCUGCCACCAUUCAGCUGUUGAGACCCAGCUCAGAUGCUUUGGACAUUCUAUAUGGUAGUAAGAAUUUGCCAGGUGUGGUGGCACAAGCCUGUAAUUCUAGCACUAGGGAGGAUGAAGCAGAUGGAUCACUCUGACUUCAAGGUUAGCCUGAACUACACAGUGAGACCCUGUCUCAACUCCUUCCCCCAAAAGGGUUAGUAAGACUUUACUAAAAUGUAACCUGAUUUAAAAAAUUUAGAUCGUAAGUGUAAAAUUCUCAAAUGCAUGUAAACACUAUGUACAAUCUGGUAUUACAAGAAAGGAGUCAGAUGUGGCAGCACAUGCCUGUAAUCCCAGUACUCAUGAGGUUGAGGCAGGAGGAUUGCCAUGAAUUUGAGGCUAAUGUGGACUUUAGAGCAAGGGCUUGUCUUAAAACAAACAAACAAACAAAAAAUCAAACAAAUAAACCAAAACAAAACAAAAAGAGAGAGAAGGGGCACGUAGCAGCUUUUGAUGUUUUUUAAUCUUCCUUAGAGGACUGAAACUUUGCACCUGAACAACUGUUUAGCACUUUCUAACACCUUUGAAAUAGGAAAAGUAAUCUUUGUUUCACGAAAGGUAGGAAAGAGAACGUCCAUUUAUAGCUAAUAGAUUGUCCUCUCAGGAAAAACUACAGUUCCUUUUGUUCCUGGUUUUCAGUUUGUGACAUUAUGCUAUUUUUAAAACUAUAAUUUUAGCUGGGUGUGGUAGCACACGCCUAUAAUUCC